UGGGUUAUAGAUAAUUUUAAACUUGGCACUGCUCAGUAUGUUUGCAUUAUGUCAAAAACGUUAGUGUGUGCUAAAAACCUUGGUGAUAUAACUAUUCCAUCAAAAUAGAAUAAACAGUGAAUAACCAUCGUUGAACGUGGAACAGCUGAUGGCAGCACCUAUCAAUAUAACCGAGGUACCGGUGGGGAGCCGAGUCGUGCUUAAUUGCGACAGCAAUGAUGACGGCCACAACUUUAUGUAUUGGAUUAUUGAUUCCAACCAGGUGAUUGGCCCUGCUAAUCCUUAUGAUGCCAGGAAAUAUAAAUUUGAAAUUUUAUCGGGAAAAUUACACAUUGAUAAUGUAUCUCCCAAUGAGUCUGGGUCCUACAUGUGUGUCUCCAAAGAGUUAGAAAAAGGAGCAUACAAUGUGAGAGAAGUAGAAAUGAUAGUAAAAGGAGCAUUUUCUACUAUGGAUGCUGUGAAACUGGUUGCCAUUGUUAUGUCCAUUAUUGUAAUAAUAAGCUGUGCUGUGAUAUAUUAUCGUUUAAAGAAGGAAUGGAGUAAAUAUGAUGGAAGAACAGUUGUUCCAGUUGAUGAAGAAGAUGAGGAAGUGGAAGGAGAUGAAAUAUACAACCGUACUACAACCAACAUUAGCCAGCAAGCAGCAUCAGUUCCAGGCCCAAGUAGGAACCAGUCUUCAGAACAUCUACUCUAUGGUAUUGAUAAUCAAGGGCUUGACACCGACUUCAACUCAGUGUUUGAAAACAUCCAGAUAAAAUCGCCUCCUAGUUUAAUUUAAAUCAAGAAUCAUGCCAACAAAAUGGAGUCAUAUAAUUUCAAGACAUAAUUAGAAUAAUAAAUUACCAUACACAAAUUAUUUAUGUGAUAGACAGGUAAUGUACAUAAAUAUUUAUAAGGUAAAAUUCAUUUUUACAUUUUGGUAAAGUUUAUUGUUAUGCUAUACAUUGUUUUGUAUUCUAUGCUAUAUAUCUGAGUAUGUUGGAAUUCCAACCAUAAUAGAAGAAAUAAAGAACCAAAGGCCAAAUACCAAGCUAGAGAACACCAGCAGCAGACUCAAAGAAAGAACAUUCCAUUGAUAUAGAGGACAGAAACAGGGGCCAUGUAAUCACAGGGUUAUAAUCACCCACAUAUAUACACUAAAACACCUGCUUGUGGUUGCCCAACUGAGCAAUCACAAGUAGCUCGAAAUUGGGGAGAAAAAAAUAUCUGAUCAGAUUCUAAUUAUAUCUACACUGAACUGAACAAUAACUACACUGAACAAUGUUUGAAGAAUAUAUAUAAUUGCUAUUGUCGCAAAAUGUACAUACGUGAAUGUUUUAUAAAUAGAAGCUGCUGGCAAAGAU